CGAAUGCCACCUCCAAAACCCUAGUGCCCACAUCCGAAAUCUGCUGCGCGGCUUCUAAACACACAGGUCACCGCCGCCCCCCUCUCCCUCCCUCCGUCCUCGCCGGCCGUCUCUUCGCUCGAUCCAAGCAGCCGCCGGCAAAAUGGCCCCGAAGCGAGGCGGCAAGGCGCCGGUUCCGGCGAAGAAGAAGCCGGAGAAGGUGACGAACCCGCUGUUCGAGAAGAGGCCGAAGCAGUUUGGAAUCGGGGGCGCACUGCCGCCGAAGAAGGAUCUCCACCGCUUCGUGAAGUGGCCCAAGGUCGUGCGCAUCCAGCGCCAGCGCCGCAUCCUCAAGCAGCGGCUUAAGGUGCCCCCGGCACUCAACCAGUUCACCCGUACCCUCGACAAGAACCUUGCAACCAACUUGUUCAAGAUGCUUCUUAAGUACCGCCCUGAAGACAAAGCUGCCAAGAAGGAGAGACUUUUGAAGAGGGCCCAGGCUGAAGCUGAAGGGAAAACUGUUGAGGCAAAGAAACCAAUAGUUGUGAAGUAUGGCCUUAACCAUGUGACUUACCUCAUUGAGCAGAACAAGGCCCAGCUUGUUGUCAUUGCUCAUGAUGUUGAUCCUAUUGAGCUAGUUGUGUGGCUUCCAGCCCUUUGCAGGAAAAUGGAGGUUCCAUACUGCAUUGUCAAGGGAAAAGCACGCCUUGGAUCGAUUGUUCACAAGAAGACCGCAUCGGUUCUAUGCCUAACCACUGUCAAGAACGAGGACAAACUUGAGUUCAGCAAGGUCCUUGAGGCUAUUAAGGCGAACUUUAACGACAAGUUUGAUGAGGUCAGGAAGAAGUGGGGCGGUGGUGUAAUGGGCUCCAAAUCACAGGCGAAAACCAAGGCCAGGGAAAAGCUGCUUGCAAAGGAGGCUGCGCAACGGAUGACCUAAAUAUAUUUGUGUUACAUUUAUCCUGUAUUUCACCUGAGUAGUGUCAGCAUACUAUGAUGGUCUCGUCAGAUCUAGUUUGAAGUCAUUUUUGUUUGUAGUAGACAGAAGAAAAGUGAACACUGUAAGAAUUCAGUAUUUUGCUCAAUGCCUGCCACUGCAUACGACUCAACUUCUCAAUGGGUCAAUCUUUGAUGUCCUACAACUUUCUGUGCUUUCAAGUAUUUUAAGGUCAGAAGAAA